GUGAGGUCGUGGAGCCGCUGCCCGAGCAGGGCGUCAGCGAGGUCCCCGCCGUGCGGAAGCCGACUAAAGAGGCCACGUGGCUGGGGCCCAAAGAGAGCGCCGUGCGCCAACAUCGACAGGAGCUGAAGACCAAGAUGAAGACCAACAAGGUGGAGGAGGUGAAGCCGACUCGACCCAAGCAGACCCAGUGUCAGCAGGAGCUGGACCAGGUCCUGGAGCGGAUAUCUAAGAUGCCCUUCAGAGAUAACCGAGGUCCCCUGGAAGACCUGUACGCCCUGCAUAUCCCCAACUGUGACAAGAGGGGGCAGUAUAACCUCAAACAGUGCAAGAUGUCUCUGCACGGUCAGCGGGGCGAGUGCUGGUGCGUCAACCCUCACACCGGCCGACCUAUCCCAUCAUCCCCCACUGUGAGGGGCGACCCCAACUGCAGCCAGUACCUCCGAGAGCUGGAGCUGGAGCUGCCCGACACGGUGCAGAUAUAGAACCCGUAGAAAACAGUCGAGACGAGAAAGAAACAAAAAACAAACUUGGGAACAGAGAAGGUCUGAGUAAGUUGUCUGUGUGUGUCUCCUGCUCAUCGACCACAGCGACUUCUGAAACAGGAUUAGAUCCGUCAGAUUAAUUUAGAGACGAGGCUCCUCUUCCUUGUAGAUCUUCGGCCGGAGCAUCUUUGCUUUGCUAAUUGUGACUCUGCUCAGACUUUGUGUUUUGUACUGUGUGUGUGUGUGUGUGUGUUGACUCGUUCAACACGUGUUUUCUUGUCCUAGCUUGCAGACGACUGUGAGGCCUCAUGUUAAACUGAAGCCUCCGAGUUCACCCGGCUCUAAAGACGAGAUGUUGGUGCUGUUAGGGAGGAAAUGACCUUAGACUGCGUAGUGAUUAACAGAUAAAAAAAACCUUGAUAGAAUUGUCAUAGAUUCAGUUUGUGCCUGUGUUUUUAUUUGAAGUCGUGCUUCUGCACUUUUCAAUAAAGAAAACUAAUAACUUUAAAAA